AACGCCCACUUGAGGUUGCAUGUGAUUAGGAAUAGGAUUUGGAUGAUGAUACACAUCAUAAAGAGUAGUGUACUUUAAAUUAAAACAUUUUUAUAUGCGACAUUCAAGAAAAGAACAAGAAUUGACACGUGGUGUUACAGAAAAACUGGUUGCGAUAAAAUGAUUUGCUUUAUGUUUUCGUUGAUGUGAUUCUUUAUGAGCGACGUAAGAGUUUUGUAAAAUACAAUUACUGACUUAUAGAUGAGAAAUUAAGGGUAACCUUAUGGAUAUAUGUUCGGAGUGAACACAGAUCAGAGAAGUUCUACUGAUAUACUUGUUGGAAGUCUGAGAACGAACUCGCCUCUGAACGGUGCUUUUCAGUCUCACCAGGAUGGCUGCCACAACCAACGCAUUCACCGACAAGGACACCAAUAACUGGUUCAAGGCGUACAUAGCCCUGAAUAUAACAAAGGAAGGACUGACUAACUUCGUACUGAGCGAAUUACACAUUGUUCUCAAUGCGGUUGGUAUAAGCUGCGGACAAUGUUCUAUUGCAAACCUCAUGCCGUGUCCUACUCAGGGCCUGUGUCAAAAGAGGAAACCAUAUAAAUGCACUUUCCAUGCGUCACAACUACCUAAGUCAUGCCAAACAUGUGACCAAGUGAAACAAAAUAUCAAAUCGUUGCACAGAUUUAACUGGCCAUCUUGGCGAAACUCUAAAGCGGAAAGAUGGGCAACGGAUCCAUGGGAAAUUGGUAAAUGCUACCUCCCACCGGAUGGCUAUAGCGACGUAUCUUCUGUACAGAAAUCUGACUUCAACGGUGUAAUAAGCAUUUUGUUGAACUGCACACAUUUCCAGACAUGUCUGUCUCCCGCAUGUCUAUCACCGCCACCACCUGAUAAGCAAUGUUUGCUUGAAAAGAUCCGUCAAAUAGGCCGAGAUGUACGUCACACUGCCGACUGCAAGGUGACAGAUGCUGACCUGCAGGGCUAUUUCAAGACACUGGCCACCCUGCUGGCUGAUCCAAUCUGCUUAUUACAAGAUGCAGCAGCAAUAGAAGCGCGCAGGAAACUAAAUGAUUUGCAGAAUGAUCGACUUUCACUUACCGAACUGGGCGAGCUGUUGGAAUACGUCAAGCAGACACUUACACACGCGAAAGAGGUUGGAGAACGUUUAUCUGAGGCUGAAAAGACCCUGACAGGACGCCUCAAUACGUUAGAGGCUACUUUACAGGCUGGAAAACAGUGCAUUCAAAGCGAAACAAUUUAUGUGCGCAUUCAACAAGCAGCUAAUGAAAAGGGACAAGACGAUUAUGAACGAGGCGUAGCAGAUCUUCUCAGGCGAUUAGAGGACCACUAUCGUGACACAGUUAUCUUCGUACCACUGUCGACAUUAGAUCUCAGUCGCGAUAAACACGUACAGGACAUCUAUGCCAGUCCAAAAAUACACAGGAUGAAAAUAGAGAAUGAUGGGAGACGCACGAAACAGGAACAAAUAUUUACGUACACAGAUUUCUUUUAUAAAGAUAAUCAAUUAUCUAGACGUACAUAUUUACAGGGCGAGCCGGGCAGCGGCAAAACAACAUUUGUUGCUAAGUUAGUUAACGAUUGGUGUAACGUGCAGGCGUCCUCAAUGAAUUCUACCAAGGAACAAACUGCCUUAGUUGACGUUGAUACCCUUCAGAAAUUCAAGUUUGUCUUUUUCAUCUCGUUGCGCGACUCGCGAAAUCAGGCGUGUGUAGUGCAGAUGAUAAAAACACAGCUCAUCGACAAAACCUUCGCGGAUAGUGAAGCGGAGGACGCGUACAAACUGGUCUUACAAAUAAUGAAAACUUCUACGUGUCUUAUCAUUCAAGAUGGUCUGGAUGAGUGGCCAGGUGAAGAUGUUGUACCUUCUAUGGCUGGAAUUCCUAAGGACCACUGCAUUGUACUAACAACCUCUCGACCAUGGAAACUCACGGAUGAACGUAUCAGAAAUUCUCAAAUUGACAUUCUGUUAGAUCUUGAGGGAAUAAGCGAUCCUGAAGCAUUUAACGAAAAGCAAACCAGCAUUGCAAGGAACAAAUUGACGAACACCCUGCAAGCAAACCAGCAUUGCACGGACCAAGUUGGUGAUUCUGCCAGCAAUAACUCAUUGAAAUGA